AUGGGUGGAACGAGCUCGCAGCCGAUUGAUGUGCGGGUAACCGACCGGAAGAGUCUCACCAAGGAGCUUUGCCUCCGGCGGAAAGACUACGAGUCCAUGCAACACAGGUAUUGUGUUGAGGACCUGACCAACUCCCAGGAGAACAGCAGGUCGAGGAUGGCUCACCUCCUCCACCGAGCAGCGAUCCGCGAUCCUGAGAUCUGCAAGGGUGGCGAAAACUCUCAGAUCUUCAUGGAGGCUGGCAUGCUGCCCUUGGUCAUCUCCUUCCUGUUUGGAGGGGCUCUGAUACGCUGCUUCGAGGUGUGCCCCUUGUGGUUCGUGGUGUACUACAAGACCUUGGACCAGGUCUUCUCCAAGAUCGACAAAGGCUUCAAACAGUAUUACGGCCAGUCCCUCCACUUGGAGUACGCUCGCACGGACUGGUCUCCCGUGCACGUCGCCGAGGCAGGCAUCCGCAUCGAUCGGAUCUUGAUCGCGAGAGUGACGAGCCAUCACGUGAACCACUGCACGAAGGUCUCGUAUGGUUACGCAUACAAGAGUGGCCAGUUCGCAGAGGAAGACAACGAUGUGGCCAAAGCAGAGGACAGGAAAGAUCCGUUUGAGUGCUCCUUCAAGUUCGACACGUAUACAAGGGGGAGGUCUCGAAACUUCUGGAUCCACAAGGACAUCUGCCGAUUCCAUGGCGACGAAACUCGCGUGGCCGCCACGCAGAACAUCACGCCCGUGUGCGUCAACGACCGCAUCGAGAUUGCCGUGAACCUCUUCAACGCCAUGGGACUGGUGGAUGUCGACAAGGUCGGCUGGCGCCCGCUGGAGAUUUUUCCAAUGCAGGACCGGGAGUGCCCAAUCGAGCAGGAGCUCUUUGACUGGUACGAUCUCGAUUCCUUCCAGUCGCAGAGUGUGGAGAGGUUGCAAAUUCCGGAUUUCUUCAGCCCCCAGCUGAUGCACAUGUCUACAGAGUAUGCAGGGAUCGAUGUCGCCGUCAGCCGCACUCGACUGCGAGCAGAAGCACAGGGCGUGGUUCCGCAGGCAGACCGCAUCCUUGGGUCUCGCUUCGAAGUCCUGCCCAGGAGCAGCCCAAUCAUUCUCCCGCUGAAGCGAGUCGGCCUACAGCACGAUCGUUUUACCAAGAUCCAGUUGCGUCAGGGCGACUGCAUCCUUCUGUAUAUCAGCCAAGGAGGCAAGAUGACCUGA